AUGGCAGCCAACACCACUCCUAGACAUCCACCGAUCUCAUACCAUGUUUUCAUGAUGCUUCUCACUCUUCUAUUCAUGUUGACGCUUCAAGCAGUCUUAGCCACCACCAAUACCAGCCAAACCUACGAAAAUUACAUCAUCACAUCCUGCAAUUCAACCACAUACCCACAAUUAUGCUACACGUCCCUCUCCCCCUAUGCCUCCAAAAUCAAAGCAAAUCCCAAAAAGCUUUGCAAAACCAGCCUUUCCUUAGGCCUAGAAGCUGCACAGAAUGCAUCCUCCAUAGUAUCGAAGCAACUGAUCAAGCAGAAGGGAUCAUUGACGAAUUCUGAAACUGCAGUUAUUAAGGACUGCAUCGUGAACAUUAAAAACUCCAUUGAUGAGCUCCGAGAAUCCCUAGAUGCCAUGGACAAAUUAAGCGGUUGGGAUAAGGAAUUCCAGAUGUCCAACAUUAAGACUUGGGUGAGUGCGGCCUUAACGGAUGAGAAUACGUGCUUGGAUGGGUUUGAGGAAGGCCAAGAAAUAAGCGAAAAGGUGAAGAACAAGGUCAGAAAACGUAUAUUGGAAGUUGCCAGGCUGACAAGCAAUGCCUUGUAUCUCAUCAACAACCUUAAUUACUAG